CUCUUGGACACAGUCUUUCUGGAGGGAAGACAGGCGGUUAAAAUGUUUUGUAACAAGUUUAUCCCCUCUGUCCGAGUGGCUUGAGUCAGAAGUUUCCACAAUUAGAAAGCGCAAAGACUAGAGAAAAAGCGAUGCGCAAAACGGAUUUGUCCAGUCAGAAAAUAGUUCGGAGCCUUACACGAAGAUGCAUGGAACCUGCAACCCCCCCGGAAGAUGGACGUGGCCCUAAAGUACAGUUUCCAUAGAGUUUAUAUGCCAAGCUGACUGCUUACCGGUGUUCAGUUAGAAGUGUUGUUUAGAGCCGUGUAUUUUGUAGCUGCAUGCAUGCCUUAUGUACCCAAUGGUCAUCACGCCAGCCAACCACCAUUGCAACCAAAGUGCAUUACUGCUCGAUUGCUUGACUUUCUAUCACACAAUAUUGUCCUAUGUGUAACACACUGAGAGCGCAGCCACCAAGAUGUCGAGACAGUUCUCAGAUUCUAGGGAGCUCUACGAGUUUCCCCCUUCAACCACCACCAUCAGUACCGUGGCGGUACAGGCAGGCCGAGCUAAGGUGGUGCUUGCCGUUCUCAGAAGUGCAGAAUGGAUACGUGUUCGCGUGCACCAGAUGGAGCCCGAUCUUAUGGAUGUGGGAUCCAAUCUGGAAGAGGCUCUUCAGCUUCAGCACGAGCACCAGAGCUUCUGUUCAGAUUGAAGUCAAAAGAAGGGGAAGUCUUGGAACUACUGCGUCGUGCAGAUGUAUACGCAGAUGAAAACCGCUCUCAGACAGAUGUACAUGGGGCAAUGGCUGACACAUUGGCUGAGGCCUGGCGAGACCUUAAUGACAAGCUGCAGUACAGAAGCAAGUUGCUGGAACAGAGUGUUACAUUCCAUCAGAGUGCACAAGAUUUGUCAUCCAAACUGGAACAAGCCCAGGGCAAUUUCAUUGGCGUUCCUCUUGCCUCUGAUGUUGAUUCCGCUCGUAGACUUCUGCAGCAGCAUAAUGACAUGAAACAAACCAUUCUUGAGUCCUCCAAAUUCACUCUUGACCUGGGGCAGUCUCUUCUUGACCAAAUCAAGGAGAUGGGUAUGCAUGCGGACAUACAAAAUCGCCAUGCCACUACUGCAGCCUGUUAUGGUAUUGAACACCUACUAGAACUGCUACAUGACAAAAGAAGACACCUGGAAGAACUUUGGACCCAAAGGAAGAUCCAACUCGAACAAUGUCUACACUUAUGCCAGUUAGAUCAAGAAGUUAACAAGAUCCUGGAAUGGUUCCGCACUGUUGGGACCUCAUACCUAACUCGCACAGAGCUCGGAACAUCCUAUAAUGAUUCCAAGCGCAUCCAGGAAGAGCACAGUCAAUUUGAAGCUGAGGCUAGAGAGAUCCAGGAGAAUAUGCUUCGACUUCUCCGUACUGCUGAUAGUCUGUUAAGACGAACAAAUAUUGAUGCAGAAGGAAUUCGUCAGCGCCUCAUGCUCGUUGACCAAGAGUGUGAAAACUUCAUGAUCAAACUGGACAACAGAAGGAAGAAUAUCUUCAUGGCUGUAUCUUUCUUCAACCUUGCAGAAACGGCUCUAAAUAAGCUGGAUCAGGUAGAAGUCCAACUCAACAACAUGGACUUGCCAAGGAACAGUGCAGAGCUGGCGGAGCGACAUUCCCAGUUGUCUAACGCCAUCGUGGAUGUAUCCACUGAAGCCAUACACGAGGGUCGGCUGCUACUAGAGAGGGUCAGUAGCGUCGACCCUGGGGCUGAUGGUGUGAGACGCAAGUUGGAUGAGCUCCACAGUCGCUGCACACACCUUGAGUCACUUUGCAAGGCUCGACGGGCAGAGGCGUGGCAGAGAAGUCAGGCCUAUCUCCACUUCCAAGAAAACUACAAUAGCCUGUCUACUUGGCUUAGUCAGAUAGGCCAUUCAAUGCUUGCCCGCCACUCCAGCAUGGGAACAAGCCUUGCUAGUGCCAAGGACUUUCUUGAAGUACAUGAGCAACUAGACGAAGAUAUCAGGGAUAAGAAUGCGGAUCUUGAAGCGCUCUCAUCAGCCGCCAUGGCGCUGGUCAAGUCAGGGGACCAGGAGGCCAAGAAUGCUGCUGAGAGGGCUGACGCUCUGCACAAGCAGUUUACCAGACUGCAACGCAUCGUUGAGACCCGCAUUCAGCUUGCCUUGAUAUACGUCUCUUUCCUAAAACUUGUGCAGCAGCUGUCCACAAGCUUGGACAGCUUGCAGCAUAUUAUACGCUCCGAGACUGAGGACCUUCAGGACCUCACAGACACUGCUCUGCAGCAAGUACAGACCAUGUACACUCAGACGGAGCAACUUUUCGCGGAGUUUAAUGCAAAGGGAAAACUUUUCCUGCAGAACUCCUCCACGAUCGCAGAUGACUCACGGCUGGAGGUUCGAACAGCCAUCAGUUUGGUAGAGUCAUCUCUCACUGAAUAUGGUCAGCGCAUGACAUCGCUGACACAGUAUUGGGAGGCAUGGCAGCAGCAUGUUAUUUCAAGCAAGCAGUUCAAGUCACAGUGGCACCAGUUUAUUCAGGAUGCCAGACGGACAAUUGACCAUGUAAUGAAGAUUGAGCGGGAGUUUUUCCUGCCCUACAUUGCUGGUAACCUGGGCAACUCACUGCAGAAGGCACAAGAGUUGCAGAGAAAGCUGACAGAAUUCAUUCCCAUUGCCAAGAAAGCCCAAGAAGACAUCGAAGAGCAUUUGAAAACAGCAGAGCUGCUGUCUCUAAAAGGCGACACAAGAGGUCAAAAGGAACAAAUUGUUAAUGAAUUGAUUCGUGUGCAUCAACGCUUCCAAGCUCGCAUGAAUGAAUACCAGAUUCUUAUCAAGAUGACCAUCCAGUUCUUCAAGAAUGUCAGCCAGCUGGACGAGUUGAUAGAGAAGACAGAGAGAGAGUAUAUGCAGUCACAGCUGCCAACUGACCUGUCUCAAGCUGAGUCCAUGCUGGAAGAGCAUAAGCGAAAGAAGACAGAAGUUUCACAUUUUAUCAACUACACUGCAGAAGAAGGAGACAAGAUUGUUCGCCGUGUUCGUCAGCAGGAUGCAGAGGCAGCAGCACGAGAAGACGUCCAGCAAGUCUUGGAUGUUAUGACAGAGUAUAGGCGCCGGUGGGACUCCACUUGGGAGGAGCAGGAACGGCGCCUGAGGCAGAAUCUUCAAAUCUGCCAGUUCCACUAUGACCUCAGACAGAUCCAUUCUGAAAUCGAUGAGUUGCAUCAGCAUUUGCAGGCUAGGCGAGGAAGUUAUGGAAACUCCCUGCCAGCAGCAAAGAUGACUGCUCAGGCUUUCAAUCAGUUUGAAAAGACUGUUGAGCUGAUUGAGAGAAAGAUAAAAGAUUUCAUCAGCACAGCAGAACUCAUGGUGCAAGAUAAACACUAUGAUUCAGAAAACAUCCACAGAGAAAUUGAUGUGCUGAAGAAGAAAUGGAGUACAUUCCACACAAGCGUGCGAGAUUAUCGCACACAACUAAAUACAUCUGUUCUAUACUUCACUCUUAUUGAAGAGUGUGAAAUAUGGAUGCGGGAGGGAAGCCAGCUGCUGAUCAACAUUGGGCGGCGUGCACCUGAGUGCCGUGCACCACAGGAUGCUGCAGAUCUUAUUCAGAGCUUGGAACGCUUUGUGGAGCAAGGGAAGCCCCUUCAAGAGCAGCGCCUUCAGAAAAUCUCAGAACUUUCUCUGCAGCUGUAUGGUGAUCAAGGUGCCAACAAGGUUCGGCCGCUCAUUAUCCAGUAUCAAGACAUCAUGCAGUCCUUUGAACAAGCGGAUAAUGAAUUGUCCCUACUCAAAGAAAAUCUAGAGGGAAAGCAGGCUCCACCCAUAGAAGAAACUAUGGACAGACAAACAGCAGCAGCAGCUGCUGCACCUCGGGCUCAGCCCAAGCCACCUCGCAUCACACAGCACCUGAAAAAUGCUGAAGUUGUGGAGGGUGUGAAAUUCACCUUUGAGUGCCGGGUGGAAAGUGAGACAGUUCCUGAGGUGCGCUGGUUCAAGGACAACUUGCCACUUAACAGCCCAGACUAUGAGACUCAUUAUGAUCGGGGUCUAGCUACUCUGACCAUUGAGGAAACCUUUUCUGAAGACACAGCCCGCUACACUUGCCGGUUCACAAGCCAAUCAGGCAUGGCAGAGUCAUCAGCUUAUCUUACAGUUAGGGAAACCCAUCAGCAGAUUGUAGCUCCAGAGUUUACAAAGAAUAUCAAGUCUGUGGAAGUGGUUGAGGGAGCACCACUUGUGAUGGAAUGCCAUGUGGUGGGCAUCCCCUCACCGGCAGUGUCUUGGUACAAGGAUGAAAUCAACAUUGACAACUCACCAGACUAUAUAAUUACUAAAAUCAAUGGGUCGUGCUGCUUGAAAGUACGUCAGGUGGGGUUGCACCAUGCUGCCAGGUACACCUGUCGUGCAGUCAACCCUGGUGGUGAAGCUUCAUCCUCAGCUAGGAUCACUGUGAUCUCAAUGCGACCACCAGUGUUCCAGCAGCCUCUGCAUGACAUCACAGCACCAGAAGGUAAAAGUGUUCACUUUGAGGUGCGAUUCACAGGUUCACCAGCACCAGAUGUGGCUUGGUUCCGUGGACCCAAACGCAUUCUUCCAAGUGCCACAUACAAGAUCACCAUUGAAGCCAACUUUUCUUCACUGGAUAUCAGAGAGGCCUAUGCUGAAGAUUCUGACACUUACACAGUAAUAAUCAAGAACAUGGGUGGGGAGGUCCGCUCCUCUUGCAAGCUCACAAUUGAAUCAGUGUUCUCCAGCCCUGUGGAAGACUUGUCACAGGUGUCCACAGAUGUUGAGCCUCAGCGGCCCAUGUUCACUCAGCUCUUGUCACCAACAAAAGAUGUACCCGAGGGUGCUCGUGUACGCCUUGAUUGUGUGCUUGUGGGACAUCCAGAACCUGAGGUUAUCUGGUUGAAAAAUGAAAAGCCAGUCAAAGAAUCUCAAGACAUCCAGCUGCUCUUUGAAGGUGACCAUUGCACACUUGUAUCCGUGAAGCAGUGGGCCAGGACAGUGGAACUUACAAGGUCAUAGCUCGCAAUCCUCAUGGUGCUGCUGAGAGUACCUGCAAGCUGCAUGUGGAGCCGGUCAGUGAAAUGAGUGAUGCAUCAGUGGGUGAGAUGAUGGCACCCAAGUUCACACAGCCACUGAAAGAUUUGACUAUCAAGUCUGGUCAACGUGUAUGUCUACAGUGCAGGGUGUCAGGCCAUCCUAUGCCUGAAGU